GGCAACACGUGCACCGCGCUCAAUUUCUGUCAGCAGGGCUGUAGACUCGGGUGGUGUUCCGUACUGGAUUGUGAGUUUUGUAUGUAAUGGUAUGCAAAACCUCGAUAAAAUCCGGAUUAUUUUUUACUUUGACAGUUGAGUUGGAAGAAGCUGUGUCUCCGUGUGAUUUGAAAGGUAGUUGAGGAGAAACAGAAACUCAAAGAUGGCGAACUUCUCAUCUUCAAGUUAUGACGCUGCUAAGCUGGAAUGUCCUAAGUGCGAUCAGCAGUUUAAGGAUCCGAAGAUCCUACAUUGUCUGCACAGUUUUUGUAAAAACUGUUUGUGUAAAUCCGAUGGAGCUACAAAAGUCAUCGUCUGCCCACUCUGCUCUCGAGAAACCAAAGUUGAUCUCGUCGAUAAACUCAAGUCAAGUUCCCACCUCGUGGAAAAACUUAAAGGUUUUAGAAUCCAGGAAGAAGUGACGAAAAGUCCAAAGACAGAGCUUAUUUGCAGAGCAUGUUUAGCGACGGGCAACGUAGCAUCCAGGUGUCUUGACUGCAGUAUGUAUUUGUGCAUGAAUUGUAAGAUAGUUCAUGGCAACAUCCCUGCUCUGUCUCAACACAAAGUGGUAUCUCUUGAUGACCUUAGUGGUGGUAAGGGUCUCAAGACACCAAGGAAGGAGUGGGUACGCUUGUGCACUGAGCACCCCGGAGAGAAGUUGAAAUUCUGCUGCCAAACUUGUAAACAGUGGGCCUGUAGAGAUUGCAGAAUUGCCAAGCACGAUAGUCAAAACCAUACAGUUGUGGACAAUGAUCUGUACAACUCAAAAUGUCGAAGUUGGAUUAAAGAAUGUACAGCAAGCCUUGAGAAAGCUGUCACAAGGUUACAAUCCAUGUCGGAAGCCUUUGCCCUUCAAGCAGUCCCAGAAUUUAAAACUCAUGCUGAAAUCCUGAUUAAGACAGUGAACGAGUCCGCCAGCGAGUAUCAAACGUACAUUGACAGCCAAAAAAUGCGUCUCAUCCAGAAAAUUGACAGAGUGUACCAGGAGCAGAGAGUGACGCUUAAUCGCUGCGCAGUGAAGGUCGACACUGCUAUGUGGGAAAUGCGUCAUGCCAUAGACACAGCCAAUGAAGUCGCCAAUGUGUCGUCAGACGAAGAUUUCGGUCAUUUACAGGCAAUCGUCAAGGACGAAUUGUCCACACUUCUUAAGAGAAAGCCUUCAGACUUCUACCAUGGGCUACCCCUCAUGAAGGUUGUAAAGGUACGGAAACGUCGAGUACCAUGGCUAUUUGGUCAAGUGGAGUUGGGGGGCAGAGUUGCCUUAUUACCACCACCGACGAAGAAACAAGGAACGGGGCUGGGGCACGGUCUUGGGACGUUCGGAUCCACUGUCACCUCACUACAUCCAGAGAGUGGAGCCGAGCAAGCUACUGUGGUAGACAACUCAAUAACUUCUGUUCCAGCUUUUUUCAAGGAAAAAGAUCAAGAAGUGCCAGGAGUCAAAAGAGAGCAGAUCGCCAACAGCAAAGCGUCCACGCAGGUAGUUGAAGCAAGGAAGGUGAAGCGUCGUAAAACAAGACGCUGAGGGAAAAUAAUGUACUGAGCACCCUUCAGGAAUCGCCGACGACGCAUCAGUGGUAUCAGCGGGGUUUCGUUGACGUACAGUUUAAGGCACUGGACACUAUUGAUAAUUGUCAAAGACCAGUAAUCUCACUUUGUGUAUCCCAACAUAUGCAUACAAAAACAAACCUGUGAAAAUUUGAGCUCAAUCGGUCAUUAAAGUUGCGAGAGAUUACUAAAAGU